AUGCCGCGUCGUGGUAAAGGGUGGCGUCCUGCGUCGACCGAGCUCAUGCUCGACAAGAUAGAGCUGUUCCUCCCAGCAGGACGCAAUGUCUGGACAAAGGUAGCUGAUGCCUACAACACCGAUGGAAAGGCGUUCCCAAAACGAGACAUCGACUCGCUCCGUCGCAAGUUCGCAACACUCAAAAACCGUGCCAAGCCCACUGGUCACCCGAGUGCCCCCCCGACGUACGCCGGGCGAAGCGAUUCAGUCGCGAUAUCGACAAAAACGUUGGUGUGUGCUCGAUGGAGGACGAGGACGCUGAUGAAGACGUCGAUGACGCCGUGGAUGGACCUUUCGACGUCGCUGAGUACGACAAGCCGAAUUGAAACGGGAUUGCCCAGGAACGAGCUCAUCGAGCUUGGAAAGGAUUUGAAACGGCAGCGUGCGACUGAGAGUAGUGGCAUGCUUUCUAAUAUCGCGAGAAAGCGCCAGUCGUUGGACAAGUUCAUUGCUGGAGCUGCGGAGGCUGACGCUAAGGCGUCGUCAGAUUUCAUGUCUAUGAUGAUGAUAAUGGAAGCGCGUUCGACUGAGCGAGAAGAACAACGUCACAUGAGAGAAAUGGAAUGGCGUGCCGAGGAGCGCGUCCGCCAAGACCGCCGCGACGAGUUGCACAUGAUGUUGAUGGCCAAGCUCUUUGAUAGCAAGCACAAGUAA